AUGCCUGGUCCCAUCGCGUCGACCCGCGACCUCUUUGUAGCCCAGCCGAGGAGCAUUCAUCGAAAACCCGUUGCUUCGGCGCAGUACGAAGUUGUUGGGGUGCAGGAUGAUGAUGAUGAGCAGGACAGAGGGCUCCGGGGUCACGAUAACAGCGUGCGACACCGCGAACACCCGGCCUUGGACGAGAACAGGGCGUUUUUGGAUGAGCGUGUCGACUUCAGCGAUCACCACAGACACGAUGGCGAUCAUUACUUAUCCCCGGGACAUGGUCUGGCGUCUCCCUCACGUAUCCAGUUUGGCUAUAGCAAGAGCCCAACGCCAUCGCAAUGGUCCGAGGAGUCCCGGCCUCGCAUGUGGAACCCUGUGUGGCUGAGGAAGACGGUUCUCGUCACGUUUGCGGUAGACUACGCCAACAAGAUCCUGAUGCCGUGGAAGGAACUACGUAGUGGUCCUUCUGAUGUGCAAAAGACACUCCUUCUAGACUACGUCUCACCACUGGUGACGACCAGUUUCUGGAAAGCAAUCAAGAAUCGCCAUUGGGCUGUCGUUGGUAGCAUCGCUGGCUGGGCCCUGAUCCUUCUCACGACCGUCUUCUCCACGGGUCUACUCAUCCUCGAGCCGACGGAAGUUACAAGUGACAACGUCGAUAUUGUGAUGACGAUGAGCUUCGACGCUGGUGGAUUCGAUAUUCUAGACAUGGGACCGGGUCCUGCACAGGUGUACUACGCCAUCAACUUCCAAAAUCUGCCUUACCCGUCUGGCACAUCAGAGGACAUGGUCAUUCCCCAGCUCAAUGCGAUGGGAAACGGCCGUCCUGAUGCCAACUUUACUGCUACAACACCAGGUGCGAAGAUUGGGUUCAGCUGCGAAACUCUUCCCAUACAGAAUGCGACCAUGACUUCGCUGCCUUGGUUCAGCAUCAACGGAGCCUUCUGGGUCGCCAACAUCACCACACCGGAGUGCAACAUUACCCGCGCCAUUGUGGCCGCCGGCCCAGAUCACAACAUCUACGCCAAGCGAAAUGCUACGCAGAACUACCAAGCAUGGUACCAGGACUACACUUGCAACAACGGGGUGGACUGGAGCGCACCGCCGAACCCUCCUCUGACCAAGUACACCACCGAACAACUGACCAAUACCAGCCUUCCGCAUCGUAUGCUUUUUACCGUAGCGGACAUGAGGUUUUCUCCCAUGGACACGAGGCGGAACGGCCCCGCGUACAUCUACAUGGAAAAGAUUGUGGCAGUCAUGUGCAAGUAUGACUACACCAUGAGCAACUAUGAAGUCAAAUCGAGUACCUUUGCCGGUGCCAAGUCAGAGGUCGCUUUGCAGAGUGCCAUCCAAGACACGAACGCGAAUAGCAGCAUCGCCGGCUUCCCGAACGGCUAUUUGGGUCUUGCUGUCAGUAACUCUGCGGAACAGACCAAGAUUGGUGAUGGAGGUGUAGACUUUGUCUUAUCGACAUCCGUCCCUACCUUCUUCCUCAUGAUGAAAAUGAAGCGUGGUCUGUCCACGAUAGGAUCUUUCAUGGACACGGACCUUCUAAUCUCCACGGCAUCUGAGGUCUUCAAGGGAAUAGGCGCUCAGGUUCUGUCUCAGACAUCCCUAAAGCCAUCCAAUACGACGACGCAGGGUUCCAUCACGUACCUGGAGAACCGCCUGCAUGUGAAGGGCCUUUCGACAGCCUUGAUGUGUUCCUUUUUGGGAAUUCUGACUCUCAUAAGCAUUGCUAUGAUCUUCCUCCGGCCUCAAAACGUCGCACCGAGAGAGCCAGGAUCGAUCGCGGCGAGUGUCACAAUACUGGCGGCGAGUCCGGAUUUGAACAAGCUGUUCACUGGCCUGGGGUCAUCACGCAGAAGUCUCAUCCGAGAAACGCUAUCCGGGUUUCUGUUCAAAGGGUCUCUCCGACCUGGGCCAGAGACCACAUACACCAUUGAGCCUAGCCAUGGUCAAAUGGAACCCUCACGUAGCGCAGUGCCGAGGGAACACCAGUCGAUUUCUUGGUGGCGCCCUUUGGCCGGGGCUCCGUGGUUCCUAGUAGUCAGUGUCUUUUUACCUCUGGCGGCUAUUGCAGCGUUGGAAAUUAUCCAGCGCAUUUCAGACAACCGAGAUGGGUUCAUGGAGGUGGGCACGAAGACUUCGACAGUAUUGGCGACGUACAUACCUGCCGCCGUGGCCAUCUCCUUGGCUGGUAUGUACUCGAGCUUCGAGGCGAUGGCUGCCAUAUUUGCGCCAUUUGCCGCGCUCAAGAAGCGGAACGCCAUUGCAAGCCGCUCCGUAUUUAUGAAUCUCGUCGGCAGGAUGGCUCCUCACGCCAUAUGGGACUCUAUUCGCUCACGGCAUUUCGGCGUCACUGUCAUUCUGAUGGCUAACAUCAUGGCUGGAUUCCUCACCAUUGUUGUCUCGGGUCUUUACAGCGUCUUGGCCGUGCAGCAGGUUGAAGGCGUUGCUCUGCAGCAGAUGGACGCAUUCCGGCUUGACCAGACCACUCUCUGGGCCGAAGAUAACCAAGCGACCGCAAUCACAUCGUUGAUCGAGUACGUCAACCUGCCAGAUCCAAAAUGGACGUCUGGUGAUUUGGUCUUCAACGAGAUCAAACCCAUGGGUCUCAGCAAUCAGGCUAUCGCCAAUGGCCAGGUUCCGCUGUCGGCCAAGAUGACGGGGAUCCGCGGUAACUUGAAUUGCUCCGUCAUACCUGCCGAGCAACGCGAAGUUCAGCCGGUACUGUUCGACAGAAGUACCAUGGAGGUUCGUCUCGGCGGCAUGGGCACUUCGGUGAGCGUCAAUAAUCAGACUGCCCUACUUGCCAUAAACACCACUCUUCCCUGGAUGUGCGGACGCAGGCCGUCAAAUACGACCUCGAAGACGUGGAUGCAGUACUUCCAGAUUCCAAGCUCCGGGUCUCCGGUAUAUCUUGGAAAAACUUCCAUCAUGAUUUGGAGUUUGGGAAACUCGAGUCUCGUCUACGGUGACGGUGCAAUUGAUACAAGCCCAUCAGCUGGAAAUGGCUGGCCAACGACAGACUAUGAUAUCGGGGGUAUGGGCUGUCCUACGGUAGCCGUAACGUUUGGCACCGCGAGGGCCACCCCCCGGAAGGAAAAGUACAGGAACACGACGAGGACCAACUUUGACGUCGAGAGCGACCUGGCGACAAUCGUGUGCCAUCAGAAUAUUCAGGAGGUCGAAGCCAACGUCACGUUCAACGCUCCGGAUAUGACAAUCAGCAGGACGUCGCCGCCGGUGGUGGACGAGUCGACGAUUGAGCUCCUACGUGCCCCAAAGUCAGACACGACUUCCUUUGAGUUCUCCCUCAACAAAUUCUUUUUGGACUUUUCGACCUCGGCCCGGAACGUGACGAUUCAAGGACCAAACGGUAGCAACAUGACUGGUUUCGAGACUCUUAUCGACCCUUUUACGCGCGCGCUCGUCACGGGUAGGAACGGGCGGCCAAUCGAGGAGCUAGCCGGCGAGAAGAACUCGCAAAAUCUGAUUGAGGCCUCGAACGGCCUAUACAAGACGUACAUUGCGCAAGCCAUCGCGGCCAACAUGCGCAACGCAACGAGCAGCACUGGAUCGAACCGGCUGCCGACAUACCAGGGCCUCUUGGUAUCCCAGAGCGCGCGACGGUUGCACCAGAACGCCGGGCCCAAGAUUGCUCUGCAGGCGAUGCUGGGCGUCAUGGCGCUGUGUAUCGUCGUGUCGAGAUUGCUAAUCGACGUCAACGGGGUGCUGCCUCACGAUCCGUGCUCGAUUGCUGGGACGGGAACGAUGCUUGCUGGGAGCGAGAUGGCGACGAGGAGGGUCGUUCCGGAGGGGGCGGAGUGGAGGAGUGACGGGGAGCUCUGUCGGGCUGGGGUGUUUGGCGGUGCUAUGAGGUUUGGGAUUGGGUGGUGGCGGGAUGGAGGUAUUGAUAGGUUCGGAAUCGAUGUUGAGGUGGACAAGGCGUGA